UGCAUUGACACUGACAUUGAAAUGAGUGACAACUGACAAUUUGUCGGCAAAAUUUUAACACUUUCUUUUAAAAACCGUUUUUACUUAACUUUUUUUACUUAUUUUAAAUUUGAGAGGGCUCCAAACUUGAAAGAAAUUAUAGAAAACGCCAACCAAAUGGAUGUCGAAUUGAAAACAUCAUUAAUAAACGAAAUAGGCUUGUUUGAUUAUGGGAAAGCCAAUUGGUUAGAAUAUACAAUUAAAAUGGAUUCAUAUUUUCAAGCUAAUUUUAUAAGUUCAGAACAAAAAAAAGAAAUUUGCAUAGCAGCUGUAGGCGGAAAAACUCUAAAAACCUUGAAAGUCAUGAUAAGACCAAAAAAACUUCAAGACCCAGAGGUUACAUAUGAAUUUAUUAUAGAAGCUUUAGAGAGACAUUUUUACCCGAAUCCAGAUUCCUCUUUCUACAUCAACAAAUUUACUUUAAGAAAACAGAUGCCACGUGAAUCGUUCUUUGAAUAUGUUGUAGCGCUGCGUAAGUUAAUAAUUAAUUGUCGGUUUCCAAAAAAGGGACAACAUAGCAAACUCCGAAAUCAACUCAUAACUGGAGCUAGAGAAGCUCUUAAAGAAAAAUUUAACGCCAAUAGUAUGUCAUUGAGUCAAGUGUUUGAAACGGGACUCUUGUGGGACGACUCAAGAAUACCUGCAGCUGCUCCCCCUCGUAGAAAUCAUAAAGCUAGAAUUAAUAGAGUGGCCAAGUGUUUUAGGUGUGCAGUGCCUGUAAGUAAACAUAAUAAUCAACCUUGUUCAUUUGAUUGGGCAUUAUGUUCUGGUUGUGGUGUUAAAGGCCAUUUGUCUUUAGCUUGCAAAUACAAAGAUCUUUCUUGCAAUAAUUGUCAAGGAAAAGGCCAUAUUGCUAAAAUGUGUAAGGCCCCUGCUGUUAUUCAAAAUGGAGAAAAACCUGUUGAAGUUUAGAGUAAUAGUUGUUUUACAGGGUUGGUCUAAUUUAAAUCGAUUUUAAAAAUUAGCAACUCUUUAUUAAUUAUUGUACUUGUUUUUCUGACAGCUGAGAAUAAUGCAAUUUUAUUAUGUAUUUUACUACAGUGAGUAAAACAAUUUCAGGUAUUUCUAUAUGUAUAUCUCACAUUAAGGUGCUUAUAAAAAUGCACCUCCUUUUUUAGAGCAAUCUGGUAUUUAUCUGAAAUAAUACUAGAAUUCCUAUCUUAAGCACAAAAAAUAAUAUUUGUGGGAUAUUUACAAUUAAAGAGCACACAGCAGAACAAUGAAAGUAACUUUUUGUUAAAAAAUUAGUUAAAUACAUGAUAAAAUAGCUGAAACUCUGUAGUAUAUGCUAAACUGGUUUACACAGCAAUAAACCUCAUAGUCACAGAGUUAUUUCAAAAACAAAAAAUAGUGAACACACCAAAAGUGAUGAAUGUUGCCAGCAAACUCAAUAAAAACGACAAAAAUUUGUGUGAAUAAAGACAUGACGUUUUUCACAUAAUAUUAUCCAUACCUUUUUGCCAGACUAAAGUGAGUGACAUUUGUUCAAAUGGCAUGAUAGUCUGACAAAAAGGUAUCCUUAUCAUCCAAUAAAUGUUGCUCAAAAUGACUACUAACUCAUAUUUAUGUAAAUACUAAUUAAAAACUUAAGUUUUUAUCAUCUUAAAGUUUUACUUGUAAUCUUAUUAUUUGGGAUAAUACUAUUGUGAAAUAAUGAAAAUCUUAUAAAGCAUUAUUUGCUAUUGUUUGAAUUUCUUUCUUAUAAUAAAAUUAUCCACCUUUAUUCUAAUACUUAUGCUGUCAGUUCUUGUUUUUGUUUACUUCAUUGUUUAUUAAAUUUAAAACAUCCACCUUUUUUAUCUUUUAUUACUUUGUAUACAGGGUAUCAAUUUGAAAACUUUCCAGCCUUAAUACUUAUCUUCCAUCCAGUAAAUAAUUUUAAAAAUUGGAAAGACGUCAAUUUUCAAGGGGGACACAUUGAAUAUUUUUAUUCAAUAUUAAAUGGGAAACGGAUUAAGUAACACAUCAUUUGAAUUCAACAAUUGACUAUUAAUUGCAAUACUUUUAAUAUUAGCUCCCCCUGGCUGAAUAAAAACUAUUACAUAUUGUAUAGUGUGACACUUCAUUUGAAAACUAAUUUUAUUAGUGAUUUAAUGUGUAGCAUAAAUUUGUUAUAGUCAUUGCAAUAAAAUUUCCGUUGCACAGUAUAAACUCAUGAAAGUAGACGUUGCCACGUUGCUACAAAAUUCGAGAAUCUCAUGAAAUUUUUUAUAAAAAACCAUUGUUUAAUUUGAACUCCAUCUUUUGACACUUUAAAUAAUUCAUUUUAGAAGCUUUCAGGAGUAGUUCUUCUAAUGUAAAUAAAUAAAGAUAAAUCAUAAUUUUUCUGGAAAAACAAAUUGCUUAAUAAUAAUCAAGAUGCUUUUAGGGAGAAUUCCAAUACUGAAAAUGCCCUAGUUAACUUUUCACAGAACUGAAAUAUUUUCCAUUCUCGUUUUGUAAACUCUCCAUAGAGUUGGAGGGGGUACUUAUAGUGAAUCUUCUUAAAUAUGUGUUCUGGCAGAUUAUUACCUUUCUUAAUAAUUUUUGAUUUGACUUCAAUAUGAACUUAAUGGAAAGAGAUGAUACAAAGAAAAAUAAAUAUUUUUUUUUAUGUAAAACAGUUAAUUUAUUUUGAAAAAAUCGAAAUUAGUCCAACUCUGUAUUUUUAUAAGUAUUUUAGAAAUGUUGUUGAAUGAUUUGUUUAAUAAUAACCACUUUUGUAAUUGAUUGACUAUUUUUGUAAGUUUAAAAUGUUUCCAAAUUAUGUGAUAUUUUUUUUAUUUCAUAAGUUUUUUUUGUAAUAAUUCUAAAUAAACUAUAUAGUUUGUUUUAGAAAUCGUUUUUGGUUUUAUUUAUAAUAGAUAUUUAGUUAGUUAACAACAAUGAUCAGAAUUAAAUUUUUUGUUAUUGAUGUAGUUUGUAUGGAUUAUGAUUUGUUAAUUUUUAACUUCAAACCCACACUUAAGUAAGCAUUGUUCCAGCCGUCAUCUAUUUAAAGGGCAAUUUAUUAUCAUCAUCUCAACCUUUAUUCUACAAAUCAAGACUAAUAGUAAUGUUUUCUUGGAAUUUCUUCUUUUUUUCCUCAUUUUUUUUAGUGAUAUACUUUCAUAACUUAUAAUAAUCCUUUUUUUACCCAGCCACUGUAAUAUUCUAAUCUUAGUAAUGUAUAUUUUGUUCUCAAUACCUUUCCUUCACUCCACCUUUGGACUGAUAUAUCAAGGCUGCUGGUUUAAAAACUGCCAAAUA